AUGUCGACAAAAGCAGCAACCAAGAAAAUCGUCGUCGCUGGCGGCAAUGGCUUCCUCGGAAGCCGCAUCUGCAAAGCAGCAGCCGCACGAGGCUGGCAAGUAACCUCCAUCUCGCGCUCCGGCGAACCUACGUGGUCCUCCGUCACCUCAUCCCCCGUUGCACCCACCUGGUCUUCCGACGUCAACUGGGUCAGCGCCAACAUCCUGCAACCCUCGACCUACAAGCAACACCUCGAAAACGCCGAUUCCGUCGUCCACAGCAUGGGUAUCUUGCUAGAAGCCGACUACAAAGGCGUCUUGACCGGCAAAGAACCCAUCAUCGGUGGAUUGCAGAAGGCAUUCAGCAGUACAAAGCAAGGGACCCAGAACCCAUUGGAGAGAAAAGAGGGCAGUGAUGUCGAGCCACAGCAUGAGGGCGGUCAAAUCACGUACGAGGUCAUGAACAGAGACUCGGCUAUCCUUCUGGCCAAGGAGGCUUCGGCUGCUGGCGCUUCGUCCAUGGCAUAUAUUUCUGCUGCUGGCGGUGCGCCCAUCUUGCCUGCGAGGUACAUCAAGACCAAGCGCGAAGCUGAGGAGUCCAUCACUUCGAAUUUCCCAGCCAUGAGGAGUGUCUUUAUUCGUCCUGGUUUCUUGUAUGAUUCAUCACGGACAUUCACCGUCCCUCUGGCCGGACUGACGUUCAUGGGUGCCAUGGCCAAUUCGCUAGUUGGUGGUCGUUUGACUGGGCUGAUGGGUGCUGGUGGUGUCGAGCCUCUAAAGGCAGAUCUAGUUGCCGAGGCCGUUGUUGAGGCUUUGGCCGAUGAGGAACUGAAGGGCCCUGUCGAAGUCAAGACCAUCAAGGAACUUGCGACUCGUGCAUGGAGAAGGGCAUGCUCUAAGCUUGCUCUAAUAUACAAUCAUCCAUAG